AUGGUGUCUGUUAGAAAUAAGGAGGACUCAUUUUCUAUUUAGCCGACUUAAAGACAGACUCCAAAGGCGAAAAAAAGAUUGAUGAAAACGAAUAAGUUUUAUUUAGACUACAAAGAUCUUAAAAAUAAUGGUUUGAUAGAGGAUACGACUCUGCCUAGUAUGGUCUUAGAGAGAAAAGACAGUCCCAGGCUUAAGAAGCAUUAGACUAUGAGCAUGAAAAACAGUAAACCUAGAGCAAAGGAUGUGUUGCCUGAAAUAAAGUUGGGCAUUUAAAAAAACUAGGAUAUUGAGUACCUAUAGGUUUCCCCUGUUAGAAUCCAAGAAAAAAUGGAGUAUUAUAGCUAGCUCAUGAAUAAAACCUUGCUCUAAGUGGAUUUCAAAAAGCUUGAAAACUCAACUUCAACAAAUCCGUUUGAAAAUAAAAAGAAAUCGAUUGCCAUUGAAGAUCAAAAUAAUUCUGGAUUAGACUACCAAAUCCAAAAUAAUUCAAUUCUUUAGAGCUACGAUAUAAGAAGAUAUGAUCAUACAACACUUAAAUCUCCUGAAUAAGAGCCGGCAUAGAAAGUAAUUAGUUAACAGAGUUAAUUUGUUUAAGCAAGAGAUCAAUCAUUGGAAUCCUUCAGGAGUAUUAAUAGCAAAAAUAAUGAUAAUGAUCGAACUUAGGAUUAGACUUUAAACACCUCUGAGGAAAAUGAAUCCAAAAUCAAAAUUCGGUAUAAAACUAAGUCAUAUGCUGGAACGAGAAGGACUAUGCCAAAACUUAGUAAGAAGGACGAGGAAGAACGAAAAAGGAUCCAAAGCUUGCUUAGAAAUAACUACUAUGGAAAUAACUUUGCUGUGUUGUAAGGAGGGCAAGUUUAAAAACAUAAUUUAAAAACUAGAUUUCCACUGCAUGAUAUGGUUAUUGAUGAUGAAGACUUUAUAGCUAGAAUGGUGAUGCGAAAAGAAGACAUAAGAGGAUUGCAAACGCAGUUAAAAUAAAGUAUGUAUCAAGAUAAGGCUAAGCCAUUCUUUAGUCCUAACCCCAUGCAAACUAACAGGAAAUUUAAUUAUAAAUAGAAUGAACUUAUGUAAGCUAAUUACUGA